UUACACUCAUCUACUAAACUAGACCAAACCAGAGCAGUGUAGGCAGGUUUAUCAGAUUAAUACAUUAAGUUUGGGGUGGGAGGAUACAGUUACGGAGACUCAACACCAACAGCACAAAGUCGCUGCUGUCUGUGUGGAAAUGUGCAGUAGUGGUGCCCGACGCAGGGCUUCAUCAGUGCCGGAAACAGCAGUAGCCUUCAAGAAAGAGAUCUGUGGGUUUCUAAGGCUGUGGACUGCAGUGUUGGUGAUCUAUCCAACUAACCAGGCUGUGAUUGCCCUCACAUUUGCCAAUUACGCAUUGCAGCCCCUCUUCCUAUGCUUCCCUCCAGAGAGAGCUCUGGGUCUGCUCGCUGCCGCCUGCCUGUUGCUGUUAACUUGGAUUAACUUUCAUGUCCGCUGGGCGACGCGUGUACAGGAUGUGUUCACCACGAGCAAACUCAUCGCCCUCUGCCUCAUCAUCCUCAUGGGCAUCGUACAGAUCUGCAAGGGUCAUUAUUAUUGGUUGGAACAUGCGUUUCACCCUUUCCAGCCCUAUGACAUGGGCCGCAUUGCUCUCGCUUUCCUCCAGGGCUCCUUCGCUCAUGCAGGAUGGAACUUUCAUAACUAUGUAACAAUAGAGCUCACCUGUAUAAACUUGAUCGGUUUCACCAUUCUCUUUAACCCCAGUGCCUUCUUUUUCUCUUUUAAUCUCAGUCAAACAUUUGGUGAGAAGCUGAUUGGGAUGAUGAUGUCAUGGAUCAUGCCCAUCUCUGUGGCUCUGUCUACAUUCGGAGGGGUCAAUGGAUCCCUUUUCACAUCAUCUAGGUUGUUCUUCACAGGUGCGAGGGAGGGUCAUCUUCCCCGUCUGUUGGCAAUGAUAUGUUCACCCAUCCCAGCUUUGCUUUUCACUGUGAGCUCUUUAUUUCUUUCCUUAAUAUAUAUCAACUUGUGCACCAACAUCAGCAGAGGUUUUGUCAACUACCUGUUUUAUGGGGUCACUGUUGCCGGGCAGAUUGUUCUUCGCAUCAAAGAGUCAGAUAUGCAUCGGCCAAUCAAGGUGAGCUUGGUGUGGCCAGUAAUUUUCCUGAUUUUCUGGGCAUUCCUGCUGAUCUUCUCUCUGUCCUCGGAGCCUGUGGCGUGCGGCAUUGGCCUGGCCAUCAUGUUUUCAGGUGUUCUUGUGUAUCUAUUUGGCGUAUAUUGGGAAAACAAGCUCCAGAGCUUCAGUUCUUUUGUUGCUAAACUGACACACUUGGGGCAGAAACUGCAUGGUGGUUUAUCCCGGUGAGGACAGAGAUGGAAAUGAAGACAAAGAGGAUGCUGAAUAGAAUUACAGAAGUAAAUUUACAGGUUUAUUAAUGGAUAUUCAUUCAACUGCUAAACUUAAGCAAUAUGAGUGUGGUAGAUUUUGAAAAUGCAAAACAAACAUCCACACAAAUGUGGAGACUAAUUUAAUAAUUAAAAAAAUAAAAGAAUUUAUUUUAAUUUGUAAGACUGGCCUUAAGAAACAUCCUUAGUGCAACACUGCCUCCCAUUGGCAAUAUUAUUAGACCCAAUAUCAAUUGCUGUUGCCACUGUUACAGAGAAUUUUGUAUUUUUAUAUUGAGCAUAUUAGUUGAUGUUGUUGUCUUGAUCAUUCUCUGGUGUUUGUAUCCCCUGAAUUGUAUUAUCUAUAUAAUACUAUCUGUACUAUUCUGUAUAAUAAAUGUCUUUACCAGCAUGGAA